ACCAAAAAAACUUACCUGCGAUCAAGCAGCUUCAGCUGCGAUAUGAUUUCCGUCCAUUCACCAACCCAGAACAACGAACCACCUAAACAACCAAGCGCAUCCCGAUUCUGCGGUAAAUCCGAUAUUUUCAAAGCCCAGGGUUCUGUGCGACCAGCGUGCUUGAUUCCCUCCCCAGUUCUUUCUUAACCAUCGCAUCCAAAAUGUCAUCAUCAAGACCUGUCGUCAUAGCGACUGCAACCGUCGCGGCGAUAGCCACAGGCGUACUGGCGUACGCAGUAUACUUCGACUACCGCCGCCGCCACGACCCCGAGUUUAGGAGACAGCUGCGCCGCAGCAACCGGCGAGCAGCCCGCAGCGAAAAGGACCGCGCCGAACAGGCGGCCAAGGCCCAAAAGCAGUCCAUCAGGCAGGCCGUGGACGAGGCCAAGGAGGAAGGCUUCCCCGCCAGCGCCGACGAGAAGGAGGCCUAUUUCCUUGAGCAGAUCCAGGAAGGAGAGAGGUUGGCUGCUAACCCUUCCCAAUCGUUUGAGGCCGCAAUCGCUUUUUACAAGGCGCUCAAAGUCUACCCCACCCCGGGGGAUCUGAUCAACAUCUAUGAUAAGACGGUACCCAAGCCCAUCCUCGAUAUCCUGGCCGAGAUGAUUGCGUAUGACGGCCGGAUCGGAACGGCCUACACGGGUCCGGCGGAGGUCGACAUGGCGGCCCUGAUGCGAGAGAUGGGCGCUGUGCCGGGUGUUGGCCUGGACUAGGCGCGCGCUCCGAGCUGGACUUACCCCGGAACUACAACGGACUUUCGAAACGAGGAGGCGCCCAAGUUCGGAUUGGGCGAGAGAACAUUGAGCAGGUUCUUGAUGUGCCUGGUUGGGCUCUCACUUGCUUUCUCGCGCCGUCAUGACAGAGCCUCUUCCACCAAAAUGGCGAGACGGCGACAUACUUGGCAUCAACAAGCGAAGUUCUACAGUGUUGUACGAUAUAGUGUUGCUCCCAUUUUCCUCCGCAUGGCGCAUCAGAGACGAGUGCGGCCAGUAUGCAUCAAAACCAAUGUACAAUAGAUACAGGAUGCAGGUGGCAGCCAGGGAUCAGGUGCUAUCUCAGUAUAAUGGCCCCAGUAUAGCACAACUGAGGCAAGACCAAUCUUUCCUGACACUCUUGUUUCCGCCAGUUGUUGCACUCAGCUAUUUC